UGUUUCUGGGAAAGGAAGAGAAAAGAUGAAAUAGAAAACAAGAAAGGUACAUUGCCCAGAAAAUAAAAAAAUACAAAAGUGCGUCAGCCGCUUACGCCGAGAGCUCCAGCCACGGCCCACGGGGUUUCCACUUUCUUCUUCUCCGUUCGAUCAGCAAAAGCGAUCCAUCCCCCGAGCUCAGCCUUCGCUACACCUCCCUCUCCGGAAUCCCCCCAUCCAUAGUUCUAGGCGUCAAGAUUGCGCGGAACCGAACCGAUCCGUUUUCGGUUCUAUCCCCACUAGAUCUGGAGGUACUUCUCUCAAUUUGUACACUCAGUUCGGUUACAUUUGAGAAAAGACAGGACAGGAAAAUGUAUUGUUCUCCCUGUAGCAUUUAAUCUCUACAGUGAAAAAAAUUCAACUCAAAUUUUUCACACAGCCGUGUUGAGCUCAUUUGACCGGAACUUCAAACGUACACUUGUAUACGCACACGAACAUAUACAGCCGCAAUCGUAGCUUUAUCGGUUGCUUCAGCUUUGCCAGGAUGAAUUGAGUUGUGCUUCAUUUAUACGGCAUCUGUCGAGGCACAAGACUUAAGAUGGGGAUCUUUGAUGGUUUGCCCGUGUCUCCUGCAAAAUCAUAUCUGAGGGAAGAGCUUGCUAGAAUAGAUGAGAGUUGGGCUGCAGCACGCUUUGAUUCAUUACCUCAUGUUGUCCAUAUUUUGACAUCGAAAGAUCGUGACGGUGAGAUUGAGUUUUUGAAGGGGCAAAGUGACGUGAUUGAGGAGGUCGUGGAUGAAGUAGUGCAUGCUUAUCAUGGUGGCUUCAAUAAAGCGAUUCAAAAUUAUUCCCAGAUCCUGAGGUUGUUCAGUGAAUCCACAGAAAGUAUAGGUGUCUUAAAGGCUGAUUUAGCUGAGGCAAAGAAGCGUCUUAGUGCCCGCAAUAAGCAAUUGCAUCAGUUAUGGUAUCGGUCAGUAACGUUGCGUCACAUAAUUUCCCUCUUGGAUCAAAUUGAGAGCAUAGCCAAGGUUCCAACUUGUAUUGAAAAGCUAAUUGCCGACAAGCAGUUUUAUGCUGCAGUUCAGUUGCAUGUUCAGUCAACACUGAUGCUCGAGCGAGAGGGGCUUCAAACUGUUGGUGCUCUUCAAGAUGUCCGGUCAGAGCUGACGAAGUUGCGAGGAGUUCUUUUUUAUAAAGUUUUGGAGGAUUUGCAUGCACACCUGUACAACAAAGGUGAAUACAGCUCAGCUGCCUCAAGCAUGUAUGAAAAGGAUGACGAAGUGCCAACGACGACGGCAGUUGCAUUAUCUGUGAAUAAUUCACAACCUCUAUCUCGAAGAACCAGGUUACUGAAAGGUGACAACCACAUUGGUUUUCAUGCGGAUGGAUCAUAUAGGUCGGGUUCUGUUGAUGGAGGUUCAUCUUUUGAUGGCCAUGAUGAGGAGGGUGCUCUAGAACCACGCGAUGAUGCCACCUCAGAUGGGCAUAUGGCAUCAGCUAGGGUUAAUGGCGGUGAUGGUAAUCUAAAGGAUGCCAAAACCCUUCCUCGUGAAAUGCCACCAUGGCUUUCAAAUUCCACUCCAGAUGAAUUUCUUGAAACAAUAAAGAAGAGUGAUGCUCCACUUCAUGUGAAAUAUUUGCAAACUAUGGUUGAGUGCCUCUGCAUGCUUGGCAAAGUUGCUGCUGCUGGUGCUAUAAUAUGCCAAAGAUUGCGACCAACAAUUCAUGAGAUUAUCAUGUUCAAGAUUAAAGCUCACGCAGAACUUGUUAGUACUUCAAGGUAUGGCAUCGUACAGGGUGACCGCACUGCUACUGCAGGUCUUCAUUUUAUGAAAGGGCAAUUAGAAAGCUUCCAGUUUCCCAAACAUAAGCGUCAGAACGGGAUAUCUCUGUCUGGGACUCUUUUGGCUGUGAGCCCUGUGUCACCCGUGAUGGCUCCCACAGGAAAAGCACAGGCUGCUGCAAGGGAGCUUCUGGAUUCAAUAUUGGACACCGUUGUUCGGAUAUUUGAGAAUCAUGUCAUUGUUGGAGAGAUUCUAGAAUCAAAAUCCACUCAUCAAAUUGAAGCAAACACACCAAGGUCAACGCCAACAGAUUGGAACUCGGAUUCUGAAGCAUCUCAAAUUACCGGGGGCUACAACAUUAGCUUUUCCUUGACAGUUUUGCAGAGUGAAUGUCAACAACUCAUUUGUGAGAUUCUGCGAGCAACUCCCGAAGCCGCAUCUGCAGAUGCUGCCGUACAAACAGCUAGACUUGCAAGCAAGGCCCCUUCCAAGGAAAAGAGGGACCGACCUGGGGAGGGUCUUACCUUUGCUUUUCGUUUCACCGAUGCUACAAUAGCUAUUCCUAACCAGGGAGUUGACCUCAUUCGCCAAGGAUGGAGUAGGAGGGGUCCGAAUGUAUUGCAGGAAGGUUAUGGAUCUGCAACAGUCUUACCCGAGCAAGGCAUAUAUCUAGCCGCAUCUGUAUAUCGACCUGUGCUUCAGUUUACAGAUAAGGUUGCUUCAAUGCUGCCAACAAAGUAUGCCCAGCUUGGGAAUGAUGGAUUGCUUUCAUUUGUGGAAAACUUCGUGAAGGACCACUUUUUACCAACUAUGUUUGUAGACUACCGAAAGAGUGUACAGCAAGCUAUAUCAAGUCCAGCUGCAUUUCGGCCGAGGGCACAUACUGGUGCUACUUAUACUCCAUUGGUUGAGAAGGGUAGACCAGUCUUACAAGGGCUUUUGGCUAUCGAUUUCUUGGCAAAAGAGGUGCUUGGAUGGGCUCAAGCAAUGCCUAAAUUUGCCGGUGACCUUGUGAAGUAUGUGCAGACUUUCCUUGAGCGUGCAUAUGAAAGAUGUCGUACUUCAUACAUGGAGGCAGUGCUUGAGAAGCAGAGUUAUAUGCUCAUUGGGAGGUACGAUAUUGAGAAAUUGAUGCGACGUGAUCCAGCAAGUUCUUGUUUACCAAAUCAACUUGAUCAGUCAAACAUUGACAACAAUGCCUCUGGUGCUGGAAGUGUCGAGGUUGAACUAGAACUGAGCGAUUCAUUGUUGGCUUUGCGGCCCAUUAAGCAGGAGAAUCUAAUUCGUGAUGAUAACAAGCUCAUUUUGCUAGCAUCCCUUAGCGAUUCAUUGGAGUAUGUUGCAGACUCAAUUGAAAGGCUUGGACAACUAAACUCAAGGGUAUCCAAUAAAAUAGAGGAUAAUCCCAAGCACCGUCAUACUCGAACAAGCAGUGCACCUACUAGGGAUCUGGCAUCAUUUGCUGAUGAGUACAGGAAAUUAGCAAUAGAUUGCCUUAAGGUUUUACGUGUGGAGAUGCAGUUGGAGACGAUUUUCCAUAUGCAGGAAAUGACAAAUAGGGAAUAUUUGGAGGACCUAGAUGCUGAAGAGCCAGAUGACUUUAUUAUUUCACUCACUGCUCAGAUAACACGUAGGGACGAGGCAAUGGCACCUUUUAUUGCGAGUCCAAAGCGGAAUUACAUAUUUGGUGGAAUUUGUAGUGUUGCGACAAAUUCAUCUAUCAAGGCUUUGGCUGAUAUGAAAUCCAUCAACCUUUUUGGGGUUCAACAGAUAUGCCGGAAUUCAAUAGCACUAGAACAGGCCCUGGCAGCUAUCCCAUCAAUUAACAGCGAAGCUGUUCAACAGAGAUUGGACCGUGUCCGUACUUACUACGAACUUCUAAACAUGCCAUUUGAGGCCUUGUUAGCCUUCAUUGUGGAGCAUGAGAACAUUUUUACAGAUGCAGAGUACAUGACUCUUCUAAAGGUCCAGGUCCCAGGAAGAGAUAUUCCUGCUGAUGCACAGGAUCGUGUAUCAGAGAUUUUAUCCCAUUAGCUUUUCCAGUUCUGGAUUUAGAUUGAAUUGUCGCAUAUCAAAUUGUAAGGUUCUUUGUUCUAGACGUGGCGUGUUGCUCGAAUGCGUAUGAGAUUGUUAUUUCUUAGGAAAGGCUGAUGCUGCAAUCGGAUGUAGAUGCCACUUCCAUGGAAGUCACCACUCAGCAUGUGCCAUACCGUGGUUUAGUCUGUGACAUAUUAUUCUGGUGAGACUGAUACCGUUGCUUUUGUCAUUGUAAUUUGUUCAUGGGUAGUAUCAAUUUUGGGCGUUUUAUAUUUUCCUUUUGGGCUUUACGAAGUUUCAAUUCAGCAAACCUGAGAACAAACAGAAAACUCGAUGUAUAUUUGCGAUGCUGAGUAUUAUUAUUUGUAAAUCAUUCAAAAUAAUUUUCACAGAA